AUGAGUUUAUUAACAAAUCAUAAGAGCAGACAUUUGGGUGUUAAACAAUUUAAAUGUUCCGACACUUAUCUCGAGUGUCAGUGGACUUUCUAUACGGCCAGUGAGCUCAGAAACCAUCAAUUGGGUGUUCAUAUACCGCUACAAGAGUUUCAAUGUGAUUGGAUAGCAUGUAAUGAGAAGUUUGCCAUUAAAUUUGAUUUAGACUAUUCAAUGUGUGCCGUCAAAGAUAAGAUGGAAAGUCAUGUGAAAAAACUUCACUUAACUAAGACUCCAAUGAAUUGUGUUGAAUGUCAUCAAAUGUUUUGGACACAAAAACAAUUGACUAAUCAUAUCCGUCCCAAUCAUCGGCAACUAUACGAUCKGGAAAAGCAAAUGUUUCGAUGCAAUUACAAUAACUGUGGACUUUGUUUUGAUAAAUAUAGUAAACUAUUGGUUCACAGGAAUCGACAUUUCGGUGAAAAACAAUUUAAAUGUAUCGAUGAAUAUCCGGACUGUAAUUGGAGUUUCUAUACGUUAGGGGAACUUAAUAAUCAUAAGAUGUGGUCACACAAUAAAAAUGAUAUUAAAUUUAUCUGUGAUUGGAACGGAUGCGGCAAACAAUUUAAAUUAAAAAAUCUACUAGAAAAACAUAAACUUAUUCAUACGGGUGAUGAACCAUAUUGUUGCCAAUGGCCCGGAUGUGAUGCCAAAUAUUUAAGAGAUACUUCACUGAAAAUUCAUAUGAAUACUCAUUUAGGACUCGCAUUGUUUACCUGCGAUUGGCCCGAAUGUGGCCGCAGUUUCAAAUCAAAGUCUAGUCUAACAUCUCAUUAUACGAUUCACACCAAUGAAAAACCACAUCGUUGUGAAUGGCCGGGAUGUGAUUCUCGAUUCCGUAACACAACUCAUCUGAAGCGACAUUAUWUGACUCAUACCUGUGUCUCACAACAUGUCUGUCCCUAUGAGAGCUGUCAAAAGCGGCUAAAAUCUAAAUUAUCAUUGAAAAUGCAUUUAAUGUUACAUACGGGCGAAAAGCCAGUCAUUUGUGAGGCUAUUGAUUUUCGUAACCAAACUGACAGCCAAUGUGUGGCCAUCGCUAAUCUGAUGAUGUAUUUGCCGAUUAUUGUUAUAGUACUCCUAGUGAUUGUUAUACUAAUUCUAUGUCAAAUGGCUUUAUUUGAAAUCGAUUCCUUAUCUGGUUUUGUUAAUACAGCUCUAUUGGCUGCAAUCGGUGACAAUGGAUUCAAAGUAAUUAAAUGGAUUUAUAACAAUUUUAAGAAAAAUUGUUUAAAAAAGUCCGAUAUCUACUAUUUGGUGGCCACUUAUGCUAACAACCGAUUAAACAUAAUAACUGGUGUUCUAAUAGUUUUGAUAACCAUUGCCUUAAUUAUCUAUCAAUUGAUUGUUAAAAUAAUGGAUACUUUAGAGACAAUACAAUUUAUAGCGUCUACUAUUUCAUUUGCAAACCGUCUAUUCGAGACAAUCAAAUCAAUUUCACGAUUUUUUGUGAAUCCUUCAGAUAUUACACCAAAUAGUCAAUCGGAGGCCGUUUCUAAUGAAGAGGUUAAACUGAUUCGUUUUGAGACCAAAUCUACAGUUCCCGGUGUCGUAUGA